GAAAUUCUAUCAACGCAAUAUUCAUAAUAUCUUAUAGUGGGAACAAAUGACUACAAAAGGAUGAUAAAUCAAUAUUUUCUGCAGCUCCUCCUUAAGGUUAGCUUUUCUGUAUUUACAUCAUGGUAUGCACUCACGACAGAGCCUGUCGAACGAGGCUCCAUCUUCCUUGGAGGAGGUCACCCGCGUGGCGGAAGUGCUGAACAAUCCUGACAGGAACGACGACCUUUGUCGUGCAGAUGAGACAAGGCACAUUCGUCCUGUGCUCGAAUCUACUUCACGGCGGGAAAAGACAACUCUCCGAACAGCAUGGGGGGCUCGACAAGUAUACAGGUGCCAGGUGGGGGAAGUGAAGGCUAUCACGUCCUUAAAGUUCAACAGAAUUCUCCAGGUGAUUGUGCAGGACUGGAGCCGUUUUUUGAUUUCAUCAUCGCAAUUUGUGACACUAGACUAAGCAAAGACAACGACACCCUGAAAGAUGUGCUGGAGAGGAACGUGGACAAACCCACCAAACUGGUGUUGUACAGUAGCAGGACACUAAACGUGAGGGAGACAGAGGUCAUCCCCAGCAGCUUGUGGGGCGGCAAGGGGCUGCUGGGAAUCAGCAUCCGCUUCUCCAACUUUGAAGGCGCUAGAGAAAAUGUUUGGCAUGUCUUGGAGGUAGAACCGAAUUCUCCUGCAGCCCAGGCUGGCCUCAGACCCUACACUGACUACAUCGUAGGAGCUGAAACCUUCCUGGACAAGAACGACAAUCUCUUCAAACUCAUCCAAGGGUACGAAGGGAGGCUGCUCAAGCUCUACGUCUACAACACGGACUCAGUCGAUUGCCGCGAGGUGUACGUCAGGCCAAAUUGUCACUGGGGGGGAGCGGGCAGUCUAGGCUGUGGGAUCGGCUACGGUUACCUGCACAGGGUACCCACCACGCCUUGCAGCAAGACCAAAUUUCUUCCUCCACCAGAUGACAAUUCCUCGGAGGUUGGUCUCACUGCUGUCAUUCCAACCGUUCCGGUGAAUCUUCCGACUGGCUCCGAGCAGACAGACUCGUCUUUGGACCUCGUCAGUGUUCAAACAGAUAUUCUCCCUUCACCACAGUCGGUCACAGUCUCCGCAUUCACUCCAUCUUCUUCAUCGGCCCCUUGUCCUGCGACCUCAUGCGCAGAUGCUUCCGUCACACAGAACGAAGCAUCUCCCCCCGCUGUCGUCCAAAUAAGUUCACCGAGCCAAACUCCAUUAUCACUAAUCGGUUCCGACUCGAUACAUAGCUCAGUGCCUGGAGACUCAUCAUUACACCAACAAACUGUGUGAGGAUCAGAUUGUCAUAACCGUUUGCGCUCGCGGGGAUUUUAGGUGAGUUGUGGAUUUUCCAAAAAACUGGUUAAAGUGGAACAAAACUGUACUCAUUUUGGAAUUUGUGUAAAGAUUUGUACAAUAAAUUGUCUAUAUUAAACAUUUAUAUACAAAUUGCUUGUGUGCGUCCUUGACUGUCAGAGCUGCAGUACUCUCAACGCCACAAGAUGUCACUAUACUGAAAUCAAAGUAAGCAUGAGGGAAGGUAUGGGUGGAACAGAAAAAAAAAAAAAAGAUACUCCAUGUAGACGACAUAGUUCACUUUGGGGGGGCGCAGGGGAGGGACAAUUUGUCUCAUUUAUUAUUCACUCUUAGUGGAACUAUACAAUUUGUACCCGAAGUGAAAUAUACUGCCCUUAAAAAAAAUAAGAGCAACAAAAGCAGCAAAAUGAAUCCACCCAAAAAGGCCAUUCCGAGUGGACAUUUUCACGCUUCGUACAUAUUGCUGCUGCAUUUCGAAAUCCAAAGACAAACUGUACAGAAUAUACGUUUGCCAAAGUUAUCUGUAUUAAUGUUCCUGCAUAGGAUUUUAUGCCACAAUUCUACAUUUGGUUACUUUGUGCAUGAAAACGGAAGUACUGAAAAGCUUCCCUGGCCUAUGUGACAGGAGAUGCCCCCCUUUUUGUACGCUACAGGUUACUUUCUCAAGGCUAACAAACUCAAAUUCAAGCCUAACGUACGGGAACGGAAUAUGAAACCAAAUCAACAGCAAUUCUACUUGGUGGCUGUCCUUCGUCAAGUCAUUUUGAGCAGCUCAUACAUUUAUCCAGCCACCGCCGUGACAUUUAACCCUCACAGCAGGGGUGGGGCCUCGACUUCCUCGGGCGCUAUCCACUUGCAACAUUUCAACAGUGUCCACUCACAUUUUCUUCAAGGUACGGAGUCCGUUUCAGUGCUUUUGUCAUCUCCUCAAAGUGGCUGACUAGCCCAUGUCCUUUACU